CACACUGAUAAAUCGAUAAGACACACAAAAAAUGGCGGACGGUUCAGCCCUCUACCUUGGCCUGGCUCUCGUGUCGUUGCUCGUCGUGCUGCUCGCUCGGCGCGGGCGCUCGGCGGCGGCGCAUGGGCUGCGGCUGCCGCCGGGGCCCUGGCAGCUGCCGGUCAUCGGCAGCCUGCACCACCUCGCCGGCAAGCUCCCGCACCGCGCGAUGCGCGACCUGGCGCGGCGGCACGGGCCGGUCAUGCUGCUGCGGGUCGGCGAGGUGCCCACGCUGGUGGUGUCGUCGCGGGACGCGGCGCGCGAGGUGAUGCGGACGCACGACACCGCGUUCGCGACGCGGCCGCUGAGCGCCACCCUGCGCGUGCUCACCAGCGGCGGCCGGGACAUCAUCUUCGCGCCGUACGGGGACUACUGGCGCCAGCUCCGGAAGAUCGCCGUCACGGAGCUCCUCAGCGUGCGCCGCGUCGUGUCCUUCCGCUCCAUCCGGGAGGAGGAGGUCGGCGCCAUGCUGCGGUCGGUGGCCGCAGCCGCGGCGGCCCGGCGCGCCGUGGACCUGCGGGCGGCGGUGUCCGCGCUCGUCGCCGACACCACGGUGCGCGCCGUGAUGGGCGACCGGUGCAAGGACCGCGACGUGUUCCUCGAGGAGCUCGGGCGCUCCAUCCAGCUCGCCGGCGGGUUCAACCCGGCGGACCUGUGGCCGUCAUCGCGCCUCGCCGGCCUCCUCAGCAGAGCCGUGCGCCAGGCUGUGGAGUGCCGCGACACCGUGUUCGGCAUCCUCGACGGCAUCAUCCAGGAGCACCUGGAGAGGAUGACCGCCGGCGACAGCGGCGGCGCCGGCGACGACCUCCUCGACGUGCUGCUGAGGAUACAGAAGGAGGGCGGGCUCCAGUUCCCUCUCGACAUGGAAGCCAUCAAAGCCAUCAUCUUUGACAUCUUCGGCGCCGGCAGCGAGACGUCGGCGACGACGCUGGAGUGGGCGAUAGCGGAGCUGGUGCGGAAGCCGGAGGCGAUGAAGAAGGCGACGGACGAGGUGCGGCGCGCCUUCGCGGCGGACGGCGCGGUGUCGGAGGGCGCGCUCGGCGAGCUCAAGUACCUGCACCUCGUCGUCCGGGAGACGUUCCGGCUGCACGCGCCGGUGCCGCUGCUGCUGCCGCGCGAGUGCCAGGAGCCGUGCCAGGUGCUGGGCUACGACGUGCCGCGCGGCACGCAGGUGGUGGUCAACGCCUGGGCGCUCGGCCGCGACGAGCAGUACUGGCCCGGCGGCCCGCCCGAGGAGUUCCGGCCGGAGCGGUUCGCCGACGGCGGGGCGAGCGCCGGCGUGGACUUCAGGGGCGCCGACUUCGAGCUGCUGCCGUUUGGCGCCGGCCGCCGGAUGUGCCCCGGGAUGGCGUUCGGGCUCGCCAACGUGGAGCUCCCGCUCGCCGCCCUGCUCUUCCACUUCGACUGGGAGGCGCCCGGCGUGAAGGACCCGGCGGAGCUCGACAUGACCGAGGCGUUCGGCAUCACCGCCCGCCGGAAGGCCAGCCUCCUGCUCCGCCCCACCCUCCGCGUGCCCGUGCCACCUGCCAUGUAGCUAGCCCAUCGAUGUCGCCGUCGCCGGCCGGCCGGCGAUCGAGAGCCUAUAGUUUCCUCAGUACGUACGUAUCUGCCACGACACGGCACGCAUGAGCAUGACGCAUCACGCAUCUAGUCUAAUUAAAGCCGCUAAAAAAUGGGAGCAAAAGCUGAUUUCUUUGCAAUCAGCCAUGGACGACUCCUAUAGUCCUAUUUAUCUGUACUACUAGUAGUAAUAAAAUGGCACUUCUGUCAUUAUUGAUUAAUAUUUUUUUUCUAUGGAUAGGACGUUUGAUUUUUUUUUGUCAAACACCCGCGCAAUGCAUACGAUGAACGUAUAUAAGAUUUUUGAUUUACGUGCAUGUAUUUAAAUUAUCAUCUAACGAUAGCGAUCAUAUUU